CCUGUGCCCGGUUUCAACACACACACUCACACACACACACACUCUACAGAGCACAUCUUGAGUAGUUUAGAGCCAGUCCUCAGCAACAUAGGAAGAGAGAGUGGAAAAAAGGUGUGUGUGUGAGUAAGAGUAGUACGUUUAUUGUUUUUUUUAUGUGGUGUGAGCAUUGAGGACAGUGUGUGUCGUCUCUGUGUGUGUGUGUGACAGUGUGUGUUUGAGUGUGUGUGACAGAGUGCUGGCGUGUGAUGGCUCUUUUGCGUUAGUACUUGUUCAGACGGGAGAGUUGGAGGCAGUUCUUUUGUAGGACUCGCAGGGAAUGGCAAACUACACGGUAACCCUGGAAACCUAUCUCUAAUGACAAUGGCUGAGUGCUGUAGGGCCCCGGGGCAGAACAGAGCAGGGCUGGGCUCCUCUGAGCUGGGCUGCUGUGUGUGUGUGCAGCGGCUGCAGCCUGCCAGCCCAGUCAGCUUCAUUAGCUUCAUGAUGGUCCGUCAGCGAGGGGCUUCUGCUGCAGCCUGCACCCCCUCCAGCCAGUCCCAGGGCGUGAUCCGCCCCUCUGCGCCCCAGCCUUCCCCCCCUCCUACAGCCCCCUUGAGCCCCUCUCCACCCCAGCCCUGCGCUGCCACCGAGAGGCUUGUGAGGAUUUGUCAGCCAGAUGUGACAAGAUUGUCAAGAGGCAGGCGAGAGAGAGAGGGGAGAUAUGAUAUUAAUCAGAGCGUAGCUGGGAGCUAAACUCUCUCCGACGCAGUGUACUAACAUGUUCCUCUCAUUUACUAUACACUCCCUCGCUCCCUCUCUUGUUCUCUCUCUCUCGCCGCCGCUACUCUCCCACAGCUAUCUCUCUCUCUCGAUGUCUCUCUCUCCUCUCCUCUAACGGGUGGCUAGAACUGCUGGGGAGAGUAAUAAAAGUUGUGGCUUUUCUUUUUCUUCAUCUGUGAUUUGUGUUUUUUAUGUAGACGAGACUAACCUACUUUUCAUGGAGAUUCAGGCGAUCUGCUGCACCUUGGUGAACUGUACCUGUGAUAGUUUCAAACCUGGGAAACUGAAGAAAAGACUGUGUGAGCACUGCAAGCAUGGAUGGGUAGCGCACGCUCUGAGCAAGCUGAAGCUGCACCACAUGUACCAGGGCAGCCAGGUGGAGAUCGUCCACUCUAACGUGGUCUUUGACAUCUGCAGCCUGAUGCUCUACGGGACCCAGGCAAUACCAGUCAGACUAAAGAUCCUGCUGGACAGGCUGUUCAGUGUCCUGAAACAAGAGGAGGUCAUCCAGAUCCUCAACGCAUUGGACUGGACCCUACAGGACUACAUCCGAGGAUACGUCCUACAGGACAUAUCAGGGAAGGUGUUGGACCGCUGGGCCAUCAUGACGUUCGAGGAGGAGAUUGCUACGCUGCAGCAGUUCCUCCGCUUCGGUGAGACCAAGUCCAUUGUGGAGCUGAUGGCCCUGCAGGACAAGGAGGGCCAGGCCGUGCUGGUCCCCAGCACACGCACCAACUCAGACAUCCGCACCUUCAUCGAGCGCAGCACCCCGCGCACUGCCACCACCAACAACGUCCUGACCCCCAAGGUGGAGAAACUGAGCUCGUCCAAAGCGCACCACUUUGAGAACUUUAUUAAUAGUAUGGCGUUUAUGCUACCAUUUCAAUUGUUGGGCUCCGUGCCAGCGCCUCUCCUGGGGUCGCCACUGGGGGCGCUGCAGCAGCAAGGGGGGCAGAUGGAGCAGGGGCAGAGACGGGGGGACGAGAACCCCAACGCCCUCCCCCUCCCCGGGCCGCCUCCCACCGAGAGCAGCCUGGUGGGCUCGAGCUCCGCCUCAUUCACCUCUGACCUGGACAGGGGUGGAGACAACCCUAUGGACGGCCUCUCGGCCACGCCCAAGAUGGAGGCUGAGGACUUCCCAACUAGCGACAACUACUCGGACGGCCGCUCCACACCAUCCAUGAUGAACUCUGACUUUACCCAGAUGUCCCCGGAUAGCAAGCUCCAACACUCCAUGGACCGGAACGGGGGAGGCGGGGGAGGAAGUCUCAAGAAGGGGCGUGUGUACUGCAGUGCGUGCGACAAGACCUUCUACGACAAGGGCACGCUGAAAAUCCACUACAACGCUGUGCACCUGAAGAUCAAGCACAAGUGCACCAUCGACGGCUGCAACAUGGUGUUCAGCUCGCUGCGCAGCCGCAACCGCCACAGUGCCAACCCCAACCCGCGCCUGCACAUGCCCAUGAACCGCAACAACCGCGACAAGGACCUGCGAGGCGGCGGGAGCCUUUCGGCCGACGAAGACUCCGAGGCAAGCGACAAACCGCGGUCUGAGUACCCCCACUCAUCCAUCCCGGUGUCCCUGACCUCGUCCCCCGACAGCCAGAAGUCAGUUGCCAGCUACAUGGUGAGUCAUGUGGACUCCACCACCAGCAGCACCAAGCUGCACCACAGCAGCUCCUUCCCCAGCAUGGGGCACCUGGGCCACGGCAUCCUCUUCCCCAACCUGAAGACAGUGCAGCCUGUGCUGCCUUUCUACCGGAGCCUGGUGACCCCUGCCGAGCUGGCCAACAGCCCCGGCCAACACCUCCCCUCCCUCUCCGUCCUCUCCUCCUCGCUUCCCCUCAAACCUACCUCCAUCACCGCCCCAGACGCCUGCGGUGCCAUCAUUGACCCUGUGCCCAAGAAGAAGUCGCGGAAGUCGAGCAUGCCCAUCAAGAUCGAGAAGGAAGCGGUAGAGAGGGAGGGAAGGAUGGGGGAGGACAGCGGUUCAGAGGACAUGAGCCCUGUACAGGGCAGGGACAAGGAGGAGUGUGAGAGAGGGGUAGGAGGAGGGGGGGAUUUGUGUACGAGACAGAUGGGUGUAGAGAGGGAGAGGGAAAGAGAGGAGAGAGGAGUCAUUCUAGCUGGGGAGAGAGGGGAGAGGGAGGAGGUGAAGCGGCCAAGGUCCCACAGCCCGGAGAGAGAUGUGUGUGGAGGCAGGGAACAAGAGGAGGAUGAAGAAGAAAAAGAAGAGGGAUCCCGGCAGGCAGAGACAGGUAUGAUCACCUGCGCCUCAUCCCCCUAUGAUGGAAAACUCAACCACAGAGAGAACCACCGCCUCUCUCUGAGCAGAGACCACACAGAGACAGAGGGAGAGGAGGGCGACCAACCAACCUCCCGGCACCAAGACAAGCCGUGCGACGACAUGGACCACCGACUGACCAACGGCGGUGUGUUCAGACUAGGCGACAGAGGGAAGGAUGAACCAGAGGGCUGUAUGGAAGACUACACCAACUCUAGCCUCCUGCAGUCUCGUAUGGACUCUGAGGAGGAGCCACUGGACAGGGAUGACCUUCCACACCACUGUGAGAUCUGCAGCAAGACGUUCAACAACCAGUACAGUGUGAAGAUGCACUACCGCAACGUGCACCUGAAGGAGAUGCACAUGUGCACGGUGGCUGGCUGUAACGCUGCCUUCCCCUCCCGCAGGAGCAGAGACAGGCACAGCUCCAACCUCAACCUCCACCACAAGCUGUUGACCAAAGACCUGUACAGCCCAUCACCCCGCUCCCUCUACUCCCCAGCCUCCCUCUGCAGGGACAAAGACCCUGUCAGCCUGGACUACCGCCAGGACCUGAGAGACCUCCAGAGGGAUAGAGAGCUCCAGAGAGACACAGGCAGCCAGACGUCCGUCAUCUUCAGAGGACACAACCGCAUGGGCCUGGUCUUCCCCAUGAGCAAGAUGGCCGACGAAAGGACAGGGGAGAAUGCAGGAGAGGAACUGGAAGGAGGAGGAGGGGUGGAGGAGGGGGCAGUACUGGACCUAAGUACGUCAUCAUCUGUACCUCCUCGUGGGGGUGGCAGCGCCCCUCCCUCCUGGGACUCGGAUGGGGCAGGCAGCGAGGAAGGGGAGGGGCUAGAGGAGGAGCCUCUGCCGAUGGAGGAGGACAGCGAUGGGGAAAGCAGCGACGGGAUUGGUCUAGGAGGCCCCGUUGGGGAAGGAUUAAGUUUGGGCGGGGACAGGACCCUGGGCUGUGUGGGGGGAGGACAGAUGGGGCCGCAGGGGGGCGGAGGUGGCUCACCCAUUACCUGCCACGUGUGCCAGAAGGUAUACAGCAACAAGGGGACUUUCAGAGCCCACUACAAGACUGUCCACCUGCGCCUGCUGCACAAGUGUAAAGUCCCAGGCUGCGACACCACGUUCUCGUCAGUACGGAGCCGCAAUAGACACAGCCAGAACCCCAACCUGCACCGCAACCUGACUGGCAGUGGCGGCGGGACCACUCUAGACCAGGAGUAGGGCCUUGCCCGAGCUUCAGCUUACACAGACCCUGAUUCACUCUCACUGUAAUCUUUAGUCUUUGUUUAUUUGACACCAGAACAGGCUUGCAGGUUAGCACUUUUUGAAAAAAAAUCCAUUGUUUUUUAGGGGGCAAUGUCUGUAGUGAGCUUGGGAUUGUGGAAUCCAGCUGUAUUUUUCUUUGUUAUAGCAGAUUGUAUCUGCUUUUUUUGUGCAAAUGUUACAGGACAGUAUAUCUCCCUGAAUGUUGAGUGGAUUUCUCCAGGUAUAUCAAGUUCAGCAACCUGAAAUUGUUCUGAGGUACACAUGAAGACCUUCUGCAUUCCAUUCCUUGGACACUCAUUUUCAACUAAUUAUGUUUCCUUUCCCCUGCCAACAUUUUUAAAUAUGUUCUUUUAAAUUGAUAUUUAUUGAUGGUACAUGUAGAAAAACAACCAUUUAUUUUGGACACGAAAUUGACAAGUCAUUUUCGCAUCAUUAAUUUUUGUCUUGAUUUAAAACACUUAAAAAUCAUGCAUGAUCUUUGAAAACAUUGUGCAUCUCAACCCCUCUCUCUAGCUCUUUUAUUUCUAUGCACUAAUUCUAAAUAGUUUGCCUUACAGUCUAGUAUAAUUUACUCACAUCCAGAAACCUGCCAGUUUCUAAAUCACAUACUGUUCAAGUGACACUUAUCUCCAGUCAUCAACAGUGGUGGAAAAAGUAAAGAUACCUUCAUAGAAAAUUACUCGAGUAAAAGUGAGUCACCCAGGAAAAUACUACUUGAGUAAAAGUACUUGGUUUUAAAU